ACCGACAACAACACCCCUUUCCCACCAACCUCCGAUUUGUCGAUAAGGUGAGCAUACACGACGUGCGGGGGAAAUUCUCGCCGAUUUUACGGUUUAUUGGAAAGUGCUGGUCUGACUAUUUUUUUCUUCUUUUCCGCUAUUAAGAUGGCCGCCGCCAGAAAGCAUAUCCCGAUUGUCAAGAAGCGGACCAAGAGGUUCAAUCGGUAAGGGACCCCCUCCACCUGCUUCUGCGAUUCGAACCCGAUUACGGCGAAGGGACAGAAUGAGCACGAGACUGACGUUACCACGAAAACGAUAGCCACCAGAGCGACCGCUACAAGACGGUCAAGGCGGCAUGGAGGAAACCCAAGGGUAUCGAUAACAGAGUUAGAAGACGCUUCAAGGGACAGGCCGUCAUGCCCUCGGUACGUUCAAACUCUCGGAAGGAAGGAAGGUUGGGGAGCUCGGGGAGGAUUGUAGUUUGAAGUAUAUGGUCGGAGUUCGUUAUCUGACGAUUGUAUAUUGGGGGGACUAUAGAUCGGUUUUGGAUCUAACAAGAAGACCCGCCACAUGAUGCCUUCUGGACACAAGGCAUUCCUCGUCCAGAACACCUCCGACCUUGACCUUCUCCUUAUGCACAACAAGACAUAUGCCGCCGAGUACGAAUCCUCCGGAAUCCGGUUAUAGCAUACAUAGCUAACUAGUAUCUAGGAUCGGCCAUGCUGUUUCAUCCCGGAAGCGUAUCGAGAUCAUUGCCAAGGCUAAGACAUUGGGCGUCAAGGUCACCAACCCCAAGGGAAGGGUUACUACUGAUGCUUAAACGGGUUGUUCUGGAGUUUUUUUUUCUUCUCCCCUUUCCUUUUUGUUAUCAUACAGGGAAUCUAAAAAAAAAAGUAAAAACUGGUCGGGUGAAAUUUACUGGGUGGUUUAUCUUCCGGCGA